AUGGCCCCCCAGGAGACCACUGGGGCCUGUCUGGUGCUGGAGGCUCCACCAGCACCCCCCACAGCCCAAGGAGUGCCCCCCCCCGUUUUCUGUCUGAUCCUUGAGCCGGUCUCCCGCGCUACUUGUAAAGCCCCUCUCGUGGGGCUGAGGGGGUGCGCCGGCCUGGGGGUGCCGAGGCCUGGCAGCCUGCGCGAGGGGUGUGGCUGGGGACCGCUCGGGAGGACGGGGGUCCGGAAGGCGGAGCAGGAGAGAGGGGUGGAGGAGCGGGACGACGGGGUGCGGGGGAAGCGGCAGCCGGGACGGGGAGAGCGCGGGACGGGCAGCCGGGAGAGGGGCGCGCAGACGCGCCGGUUCCCCUCGCCCACGCCCACCAACAACUUCGUCCUGGACGGCGCGGCGGGGACCGUGUACCUGGCGGCCGUCAACCGCCUCUACCAGCUGUCGGGCGCCAACCUGAGCCUGGAGGCGGAGGCGGACGUGGGUCCGGUGGCCGACAGUCCCCUGUGUCACGCCCCGCAGCUGCCUCAGGCUUCGUGCGAGCACCCCCGGCGCCUCACUGACAACUACAACAAGAUUCUGCAGCUGGACCCCGACCAGGGCCUGGUGGUCGUGUGCGGCUCCAUCUACCAGGGCUUCUGCCAGCUGCGGCGCCGGGGCAACAUCUCGGCGGUGGCCGUGCGCUUCCCGCCCGCGGCGCCGCCGGCCGAGCCGGUCACCGUGUUCCCCAGCAUGCUGAACGUGGCGGCCAACCACCCGAACGCGUCCACCGUGGGGCUGGUGCUGCCGCCGGCCGCCGGCGCGGGGGGCAGCCGCCUGCUCGUGGGUGCCACGUACACCGGCUACGGCAGCGCCUUCUUCCCGCGCAACCGCAGCCUGGAGGACCACCGCUUCGAGAACACGCCCGAGAUCGCCAUCCGCUCCCUGGAUGCGCGCGGCGACCUGGCCAAGCUCUUCACCUUCGACCUCAACCCCUCCGACGACAACAUCCUCAAGAUCAAACAGGGCGCCAAGGAGCAGCACAAGCUGGGCUUCGUGCGCGCUUUCCUGCACCCGCCUGACCCGCCGCCGGGCGCCGCGUCCUACGCGUACCUGGCGCUCAACAGCGAGGCGCGCGCGGGCGACAAGGAGAGCCAGGCGCGGAGCCUGCUGGCGCGCAUCUGCCUUCCCCGCGGCGCCGGCGGCGACGCCAAGAAGCUCACCGAGUCCUACAUCCAGCUGGGCUUGCAGUGCGCGGGCGGCGCGGGCCGCGGCGACCUCUACAGCCGCCUGGUGUCGGUCUUCCCCACGCGCGAGCUGCUCUUUGCCGUCUUUGAGCGGCCCCAGGGGGCCCCAGCCGCCCGCUCGGCCCCGGCCGCGCUCUGCGCCUUCCGCUUCGCCGACGUCCACGCUGCCAUCCGCGCCGCGCGCACCGCCUGCUUCGUGGAUCCCGCACCCGACGUGGUGGCGGUGCUGGACAGCGUGGUGCAGGGCACCGGGCCGGCCUGCGAGCGCAAGCGCAACAUCCAGCUGCAGCCAGAGCAGCUCGACUGUGGCGCGGCCCACCUGCAGCACCCACUGUCCAUCCUGCAGCCCCUGAAGGCCACGCCCGUGUUCCGAGCCCCGGGCCUGUCCUCCGUGGCCGUGGCCAGCGUCAGCAACUACACGGUGGUCUUCCUGGGCACGGCCAGCGGGCGGCUGCUCAAGAUCAACCUGGACGAGAGCAUGCAGGUGGUGAGCCGGCGGGUGGUGACAGUGGCCUACGGGGAGCCGGUGCACCCCGUCAUGCAGUUUGACCCAGCCGACCCCAGUUACCUCUACCUGAUGACGUCCCACCAGAUGGCCCGGGUGAGGGUGGCCGCGUGCGCCGUGCACAGCACCUGCGGGGACUGCGUGGGGGCGGCCGACGCCUACUGCGGCUGGUGCACCCUGGAGACCCGGUGCGCCUUGCAGCGGGACUGCGCCAACUCCAGCCAGCCGCACUUCUGGACCAGCGCCAGCGAGGGCCCGGGCCGCUGCCCCACCAUGAGCGUGCUGCCCGCCGAGAUCGACGUGCACCAGGAGUACCCCGGCAUGAUCCUGCAGAUCUCGGGCAGCCUGCCCAGCCUCAGCGACAUGGAGAUGACCUGUGACUACGGGAACAGCACCCGCACUGUGGCCCGGGUCCCGGGCCCGGCCGUCGGGCACCACCAGAUGGCCUACUGCAACCUCCUGCCCCGGGACCAGUUCCCGCCCUUCCCACCCCACCAAGACCACGUGACCGUGGACAUGGCCGUGAGGGUUAACGGGCGGAACAUCGUCGGGGCCACCUUCACCAUCUACGACUGCAGCCGCACCGGGGAAGUGUACCCCCACACGGCCUGCACCAGCUGCCUGUCGGCGCGGUGGCCCUGUUUCUGGUGCACCCAGCAGCAUGCCUGCGUCUCCAACCAGUCCCGGUGUGAGGCCUCCCCGAACCCCACGAGCCCCCGGGACUGCCCGCAGACCCUGCCUGCGCCCCUGGCCCCCGUGCCCACGGGCGGCGCCCAGAGCAUCCUGGUGCCCGUGGCCAACGCCGCCGCCUUCCAGGGUGCGGCCCUAGAAUGUAGCUUUGGGCUGGAGGAGAGCUUCGAGGCAGUGUGGGUGAACGAGUCAGCUGUCCGCUGCAGCCAAGUGGUGCUGCACACGACCCAGGAGAGCCAGGCGUUUCCACUCAGCCUCCAGCUAAAGGGGCAGCCGGCCCGGUUUCUGGACAGCCCUGACCCAGUGACAGUGGAGGUCUACAACUGCGCCGUGGGCAGCCCCGACUGCUCCCAGUGCCUGGGCCGCGAGGACCUGGGUCACCUGUGUGUGUGGAGUGACGGCUGCCGCCUGCGGGGCCCCCUGCAGCCCCUGCCGGGCUCCUGCCCCGCCCCUGAGAUCCGAAUGAUUGAGCCCCUGAGUGGCCCCUUGGAAGGGGGGACCCUGCUGACCAUCCGUGGCCGGAACCUGGGCCGACGGUUCAGCGACGUGGCCCAGGGCGUGUGGAUCGGCAGCGUGGCCUGUGAGCCGCUGGCCGACCGGUACACGGUGUCGGAGGAGAUUGUGUGCGCCACCGGGCCAGCCCCGGGGGUGUUCGCGGACGUGGUGACGGUGAACGCCUCCACGGAGGGCAAGUCUCGGGAGCGCUUCUCCUACGUGCUGCCCCUGGUCCACUCCCUGGAGCCGGCUGUGGGCCCCAAGGCCGGGGGCACCAGGAUCACCGUCCACGGGAGUGAGCUGCACGUGGGCUCGGAGCUGCAGGUCCUGGUGAACGACACGGAGCCCUGCACCGAGCUCGUGCGCACGGAGGCCAGCAUCGCCUGCACGGUGCCCGGGGGUGCCCUGCCCGCCUCGGUGCCCGCCUCGGUGCCCGUGUGUGUGCGCUUCGAGCACCGCGGCUGCGUGGGCGGCAACCUCACCUUCUGGUACAUGCGGAACCCGGUCAUCACGGCCAUCAGCCCCCGCCGGAGCCCUGUCAGCGGCGGCAGGACCAUCACGGUGGCCGGCGAGCGCUUCCACAUGGUGCAGAACGUGUCCAUGGCUGUGCACCGCAUCGGCCGCGAGCCCACGCUCUGUAAGGUCCUGAACGCCACCCUCAUCACCUGCCCGUCCCCCGGGGCCCUGAGCAACGCCUCGGCGCCGGUGGAAUUCUUCAUCAACGGCCGGGCCUACGCGGACGAGCUGGCCGCGGCGGAGGAGCUGCUGGACUCCGAGGAGGCACAGCGGAGCAGCAGGUUCCGCCUGGACUACCUCCCCGACCCGCAGUUUUCUACAGCCAAGAGGGAGAAGUGGAUCAAGCACCACCCGGGGGAGCCCCUGACCCUGGUCAUCCACAAGGAGCAGGACAGCCUGGAGCUCGAGAGCCACGAGUACCGGGUCAAGAUCGGCCAGGUGGCCUGCGACAUCCAGAUCGUCUCGGACAGGGUCAUCCACUGCUCGGUCAACGAGUCCCUGGGCACAGCGGAGGGGCAGCUUCCCAUCACGGUCCAGGUGGGGAACUUCAACCAGACCAUCGCCACGCUGCAGCUGGGGGGCAGCGAGACCGCCAUCAUCGUGUCCAUCGUCAUCUGCAGCGUGCUGCUGCUGCUGUCGGUGGUCGCCCUGUUCGUCUUCUGCACCAAGAGCCGCCGGGCCGAGCGCUACUGGCAGAAGACGCUGCUGCAGAUGGAGGAGAUGGAGUCUCAGAUCCGAGAGGAGAUCCGCAAAGGGUUUGCUGAGCUGCAGACGGACAUGACGGACCUGACCAAGGAGCUGAACCGCAGCCAGGGCAUCCCCUUCCUGGAGUACAAGCACUUCGUGACCCGCACCUUCUUCCCCAAGUGCUCCUCUGUCUACGAAGAGUGCUACGUGCUGCCCCCCCAGACCGUCAACUCCCAGGGCAGCUCCCCCGUGCAGGAGACCCACCCCCUGCUGGGGGAGUGGAAGGUCCCCGAGAGCUGCCGGCCCAACAUGGAAGAGGGGAUCAGCCUGUUCUCCUCGCUGCUCAACAACAAGCACUUCCUCAUCGUCUUCGUGCACGCGCUGGAGCAGCAGAAGGACUUCGCUGUGCGGGACAGGUGCAGCCUGGCCUCCCUGCUCACCAUCGCGCUCCAUGGCAAGCUGGAGUACUACACGGGCAUCAUGAAGGAGCUGCUGGUGGACCUCAUCGACGCCUCGGCCGCCAAGAACCCCAAGCUCAUGCUGCGGCGCACGGAGUCGGUGGUGGAGAAGAUGCUCACCAACUGGAUGUCCAUCUGCAUGUACAGCUGCCUGCGGGAAACCGUCGGGGAGCCGUUCUUCCUGCUCCUGUGCGCCAUCAAGCAGCAGAUCAACAAGGGCUCCAUCGACGCCAUCACGGGCAAGGCCCGCUACACCCUCAACGAGGAGUGGCUGCUGCGGGAGAACAUCGAGGCCAAGCCCCGGAACCUGAACGUGUCCUUCCAGGGCUGCGGCAUGGACUCGCUGAGCGUGCGGGCCGUGGACACCGACACGCUGACGCAGGUGAAGGAGAAGGUCCUGGAGGCCUUCUGCAAGAACGUGCCCUACUCACAGUGGCCGCGCGCCGAGGACGUCGACCUCGGGCAGCACCCCCUGCCCACCCGGUGCCCCCCAUUUCCCAUCCCUCUCCAUCUGUCUCAUUCUCUGGGUGUCUUCUUAGAUCGCCCUCCUUUCUUUCUGUCUCAUCCUCCCCACGAGUUUCCUAGGGUGCCUCCGUCCCUGUGCCCUCUCCUCUCCCCUCUUAUUUAUUUAUUGUGUUUUCCUCUUGCAGUGAAAGACUUGGACACAGAGAAGUAUUUCCAUUUGGUGCUGCCCACGGACGAGCUGGCGGAGCCCAAGAAGUCCCACCGGCAGAGUCACCGCAAGAAGGUGCUCCCAGAGAUCUACCUGACCCGCCUGCUGUCCACCAAGGGCACACUGCAGAAGUUUCUGGAUGACCUGUUUAAGGCCAUCCUGAGCAUCCGUGAGGACAAGCCCCCACUGGCCGUCAAGUACUUCUUCGACUUCCUGGAGGAGCAGGCAGAGAAGAGGGGGAUCUCAGACCCCGACACCCUGCACAUCUGGAAGACCAACAGCCUUCCGCUCCGGUUUUGGGUGAACAUCCUGAAAAACCCCCAGUUUGUCUUCGACAUCGAAAAGACAGACCACAUCGAUGCCUGCCUCUCGGUCAUCGCCCAGGCCUUCAUCGACGCCUGCUCCAUCUCCGAUCUUCAGCUGGGCAAGGACUCGCCCACCAACAAGCUCCUGUACGCCAAGGAGAUCCCCGAGUACCGCAAGAUCGUACAGCGUUACUACAAGCAGAUCCACGACAUGACGCCCCUCAGCGAGCAGGAGAUGAACGCGCACCUGGCCGAGGAGUCCCGGAAAUACCAGAAUGAGUUCAACACCAACGUGGCCAUGGCAGCCAUCUACAAAUACGCCAAGAGGUAUCGCCGGCAGAUCAUGGCUGCCCUGGAGGCCAACCCCACAGCCCAGAGGACCCAGCUGCAGCACAAGUUCGAGCAGGUGGUGGCCCUGAUGGAGGACAACAUCUACGAGUGCUACAGCGAGGCCUGAGCCCGAGGGACGUGGCUCGGGGGAGGCGGAGACGCCGGCCAGGAACCCCACCGGCCCCGCGGCCACCUCGUCCCCCUGUCUGUCCCAACCCCGCCUCCGGGACGGGGACUUGACUGCCGCAGCUGGGCCCUGGUGAGGGUCCGGCUGUCAGCCCAGCACAGCCUGGACGGCGCCCCCCUCCCUCAGCGGCGGCCGGUGGCCGAGAACCCUGCCCACGGCCCAGCGCUGAGCAGCCAACUUGGAAGAGGCCGCAGCCGGAAACACUACCUCAUCCAACCUGGCGGGGGGAGGCCCCCUCGGCCGCCCUCCAGGUCCCGCUGCCACCACCCCACUGCUGUCUCCAGCCCUGCCCCAGGCCCCUGGCCCCGGCCUACAGCUUGGUUGCCUGAGCAGGUGUGUGGGUGGGCGGUGCCCACUGCCCGGAAGGGGCAGGUGCGUGAGCCCGGCCGGGCCUGGCAGCCCCGAGUGUGUCAAGCGUAGCUGGGCUACUUGAUCUUGCUGGAAGUGUUUCUAAAGAUAGCACCACUUUUCGUUUCGUUUUGUUUUUUUUUUUAAAAAAAAGCUUUUUAUAUAUUAAAAACUUAUCACUCGCCAACUGUGAAUAGCUGCCGCUUGUGCAGAGGACCCUGGGAGGGUCCCCAGAGGCGCCCCAUGCAACACUGGAAAUGACUGUUCCAGAGGCUCUGGCUGGCGGACAUCCCCCCCGACGCCCCGAGCACACCGCGCAUCCUGUGUCCCCCCUCCGUCCACCCUCACCCCCACCCCCCGCCGACGCGACCCCCUGUGGCAGACCCUGCCCCCCCACCGAGGCCGACCCAGCCAGGCUGGGACUGGCCCAGAGCCCGUGGGGGCUGGGCUGGAGGCCGGUGGCCGGGACUCUCUGGAACUUUCUUUAUAAUAAAAGCCUGAUGGGAAAACCUGCUGUGAGCUCCAGCCUU